AUGAAGCUCAUCUGCCUCUUGUUCCUGGUCCUGGUGGUUCUGUCUGUAGCCCAGGCAGCUCCUCAGGACUCCUCCAGGGUCUAUCCCACCGUACACUCUCAACUCCAGCCCCAGACGCAGCCUCCAGCCGAGGCCAAGUCCCGUUUCGCUAUGCUGGACGAUGUCCGUCUCCUGGCCAACGGUUUGCUCCAGCUGGGUCAGAGCCUCAGGGAGUUUGUCCACAAGACAAAGGCCCAGAUUAACGAAAUCUUCCAGAAGCUGACCAACUUCGACCGCUCCUUCUAUCAGCUCUCCGUGGUCACCUCAGAGAUCAAGGAGGAAGAGGAGGAGCUAAAGAAGACCACCACGUUCCUGAAGGCCAACAACGAGGAGAUCCGGAACUUGUCACUGGAGAUCAACACCAAGAUCAAUAGUAUUCUGCAGGAGAGGAGCCUGCUGCAGAGUCAAGUAGGGGGGUUGGAGGAGAAGCUGAAGGGACUGUCUGAGAGCAUGAUGCCGAAAGAGCAGCUCAGUGAGAUCAAGUCACUCAAGGUACGCUGCUGUCAGUCACUCAUACUAAUCAAUAAUAAGAUGUAUAAUUUAUUUUGUUUCAAUGUGAAAUGUCUUUGUUUUAGAAUAAGAUGUGUUUAUGCCGCAUGUAUUCAACAUAUUUCAGCACGUUUAAAGUUCCUUCCUACUAAAUGUUGCAUCCAACUUUCAAUUGCUGAAUUCAUUGAGAAGUUUCAGUUAUUAGCCUAAUGAAAACAUACCGUUUUAAUGAGUAAUAAUGCUUUCAACUUCAAGUUAUUGGAAAAUGUCCUUUAAUGUGAGAAUUAACAAGACAGUGUCAACUGGUCUGUUUCAGGACGUGAUUGAGGCUCAGGAGACGACCAUCACUGACCUGCUGAAAGCCGUGAGGGAGCAGCACCAUCAGCUCAACCACCAGAAAACUAAGAUCAAGACUCUGGAGGAAAAGGUACACAUCUCUGCUGCUUAGAGCUUCUCCACUUCUAUACAGUAGACCAAAGGUAAUGGCCAUUUACUGAAAACUAGAGUUAGAUUUUAUCCCUGUCCAAUCAGUGUAUAGAAAGGACACAAAAAAAUAUUUAACAAGACAACACCAUAACGAUUUGUUUGCUUGCUAUUCCAGAUCAGCAUCAAUCAUUUCCAAGACACGACUGACAAAGCAAUGGGUUCCGACUCAGAGAACCCAGACAUGUUUGAGUACCUGACAGGCAACUCCACUGGUGAGGACACAGACCUACCCGUGGACUGCAGUGAUCUUUUUAACAGAGGAGAGAGGAACAGCGGGGUGUACCCCAUCAAGCCAAAUCAGUCGGAGCCUUUCAAUGUGUACUGUGAACUGACCUCCGGUAAGACAACACUUUAUUUAAAGUCAUUAGCCUACAUUGUCUUUAAAAAGGUAACUGACUGAACAGCCAAACAAUUCAGAGAUUCCAUGUGUCAAGCUAUUUCCCUGUGCUACAUCGGCGAAAUCCCUUCAAUGGACAGUCUAAAUAAAGACCGGACUAAACAAUCUCCUCUAUAGGAAGAAUGGUCAUACAGGCUAUCAGAAGGAUAUACGUGCCAUCAUCUUUCCCUAAUCAGUCUAGAGAAAGGAACUGGACUUUGUUGUUGUUGUGAUCCUCUGCCUCUCCAUGUAUUGACCACAUCUCCCGUCUACAGGACGAGGUUCAACAGUCAUCCAGCGCAGGGAGGAGGGGUCCGUGGAUUUUGACCAGACAUGGGAGAAGUACGAGAACGGAUUUGGGGAUCUGGAAAGUGAGUUUGGUCUAUUUCUUUCUAUCAGUGAUGUAGAGACCAUUAAUACAGCUCAAUACAUUACAAGAAAAAUAUAAGUUAUGCCUUUAUGACUCAAUUCAACUCAGUUCAGAGUUAAACGUCCUGUUAUAAGAGAAAGAGAGAGAAAAAGAGACGCCUAUACCUGAUUAUCCCCGUUUCCUUAAUAAUCCUUUAUAGUUUCCGGUCUACAAAGAGCCAAUACAACCACUCCCUCCACCGCUCUUAAGUACUUCCUGAAGGAACGGCUGACAGAAAACAGUCAUUGUAGAUUAUCAGGUCCCGUUGACAGAUUGACUUCCUCUAUUGUCUGACUAGACAAAGCACCUGCAGCACUUCCCUUCCACCAGCCAGGCUUGGACCCCAGCCCAUUGACCUACACUACUACUGCAUUCCAACAGAGCCACAGGUCCUUUAGCCUAUCAAUUGUUCUAUGUCAGUUUCUGUCGCUGCUACUAGCUAAUGAUGUCAUCACACCCAUGACUACAGCCAGAGGCUAGGGGAAAAGAGUUUCGAGUGUCGGAACUUGUUUUCACACUAUUUACCACGAGUCAGGCAGUGGAGGCUGCUGAGGGGAGGACGGCUCAUAAUAAUGUCUGGAACGGAGCGAAUGGAAUGGCAUCAAACAAAUGGAAACCAUGUUUGAUGUAUUUCAAAUCAAAUCUUAUUGGUCACAUACACACGUUUAGCAGAUGUUAUUGCGGGUGUAGCGAAAUGCUUGUGUUUCUAGCUCCAACAGUGCAGUAAUAUCUAACAAUUCACAACACACACAGAACUCUAAUUUGAUACCAUUCCACUUAUCGGGCUCCAGACAUUACCAAGAGAUCGUCCUCCACAGUUAAGGUGCCACCAACCUCCUGUGGAGUCAUGGGCCGUGGCAUACAGAAACAGCUGAAGCCAAUGAAAACAAAGUACAGCAUCAGAAAGUCAGAACUUUAUUGUCCAUUAAAGCUUUAGAUCGAUUGCCAGUUGAUGACAGAAUGUUGGUGUCUGUUAUCUGUAUGUUUCCAAAGAACAGCCUCAGUGCUUGUUGACUGUCUGUUAUAGCCCUGUGAACAUUCCACAACGGUGUGUGUGUGUUUCCUGUGAGUUGUAGAGGAGAGUUCGGAGUGUCUAACAUUGUGUGUGUUAUCUGUGUUAUUGUAGGAGAGUUCUGGCUGGGCCUGAUAAAGAUCCACAGCCUGGCUGGUCAGGGUGACUCUAUCCUGCGUAUUGAGCUAGAGGACUGGAAGGAGGAGAGGAGGUCAGUAGAGUACCAGUUCACCCUGGAGGGCCCCCAGACCCACUACACCCUCCACCUCACCCACCUGUCAGGUGACCUGCCUGACGCCAUGGGCAACCACACCAGCAUGAUGUUCUCCACCAUGGACCGAGACAACUACAACCACCAGGACUCAAACUGUGCCAAAAACUACACAGGUGGGUCUACUGACUACUACACUCCAGGCACAGGUAUAUACCACACACCUGAUGCAACUCCAGGUACUGACUACACACUUGAUACAGGUACACUGUACUGUCUGGUACCAUACAGCUGUUAAAUACAUUUCCAAGCAGACAGCACAGAGAUGGGUGACUAUGGGUUCUACACUUGUUAUAGAAUUUAACCCACUCUUUUCCCCAUUCCUUGCAGGUGGCUGGUGGUUCAACGCCUGUGGUGACACCAACCUGAACGGCAGGUACAUGUGGCUGAGGUCAAAGGGUCGUUCCAUGAGGAGGAAAGGGAUCCAAUGGAAACCUCUGGGCACCUCCUACUCCCUCAAGACCACCAAGAUCUCCAUACGACCCGCCUGA